AUGGCCGCUCCGAGUCCAUAUGGACCACCUGCUUGGAGCGAUGCUGAAAAGAACUUCCUCCUGGCGGAGUUGAUCAAGCAAGCUGCACCUUCACCGACCCAACUUUUUAAUGUUUGGUUCUCUCUCAACCGUCCUCAGAUCGGCUGGGCGGACGUGUCAUUGCCACAUAGGAGGACCUUGAACGAAUGUAAGCAGGCAUUCGAAAGCAUCAGGCAGCGUGCUGGGACGCAACCACCGAUGUCGAUGAACAUGCCGAGCGGUCUUGGUCCACAGACACCCUCACCUCUAUCGGCACCUGGAGCACUAAAGCGCGGUUUCCCUUUCGAGGUCCCAGCUGGACGUGCAAUCCAGCCGAAGCCAUCCUCCACGGGUCAUAUGUACGGUCAACCUGCGCCGCUGGAGCAGCAUCCCAGGAAGAAGCGUGGCAGACCUACGAAGGCAGAAGCUGCUGCAAGAGCUGAAGCCCAGGGAAUGGCAGGUGAGCCCAGCUCUGCGACUCGAUUGCCUGCUGGCGGCUUUCCUCCAUUCUCGCCAGCCGCAACAGCUCCCGAGGCCCUUGACCCUGCAAUGACAGCUUCGGGCCCUGCUGCAGAAGAGAUGAGACAAACAGCGCCACCCGUAUCGCGGAUGCCGAUCUCUUCCAUCAUCACGCCUACUGCGCCGACCACCACGAGCCAGUCAAGCUCAUCUUCGGGCAAGAGAAGGCGGGGGAGGUCAACAAGAUCUGAGCCUGAAAGCUUCCCGGUAGCAGGCACGUUAGGAGCAAGGCAGACUGAGACUCGAGAGUAUGAAUCACCAUAUGCGGUGGCGGCGGCAGAUCCAUCGCCAGCUAGGGCAGCAGUAAUGCGGCAUCGAGAAGAGCUUCCGCCGAGCGGUCCAGGGCAAAGUAUGACCGCAACACCAGCCACGACACAAUCACCAGCAGGGUCCGCACCAGAACACACUCGCUCAACGUAG